AUGGUGUCGCUAACUUCCCGUCUCAAGCACACAGUGAAACCUAACGCUCAUGGAUCAUACCUCGCCGAAUUCAUCUCCACCUUCCUCUUCGACUUUGCUGCAGUUGGCUCCGCCAUGUCUUCUAGGAAGAUGAUGCCAGGUGCUACAACAGACCCGUCUGAGCUCGUAGCAGUUGCGAUAGCGAAUGCGUUUGGAUUGUCGGUAGCGGUUUAUGCAGCGGUUAAUAUCUUCGGCCUCCAUGUGAACCUGGCGGUCACGUUCGGGAUGGCGGUUAGGGGUCAUAUUACUGUUCCUAUGGCUAUUUGUCACUUGAUUUCACAGUUGGUUGGUUCUGUAAUGGCUUGUCUUUUCUUAAAUGUUACCACCGUCUCACAGCAUGUACUUGUCCAUGGAAUCCCACAAGUAAUGACUGGGUUCAGAGCAUCCAUUUUGGAAGGGGUGAUGACAUUUGGUUUGGUCUACUCAGUCUAUGAAGCCGGGGACCCGAGAUGUGGUCCACUGGGAGCAACUAGACCCUUAGCAAUCGGGUUCAUUGUAGGAGCUAAUGUAUUGGCAUCCGGGUCAUUUACGGGCGGGUCAAUGAACCCGACUUACUCAUUCGGGUCAGCUCUUGUUGGAGGCAAUUUCAAGAACCAUGUAGUCUAUUGGAUCGGACCUUUGAUCAGUGCUGCUCUUGCUGGUAUCCUAUAUGGUAAAGGAUUCUUCCCGGUUCAAGUACCUGGCAUAGCAGAUGGAGUUGGGGUUUAA